UUUUUUUUUCAAGACUCCGCUUAUUUGACUUCUCACUCUAUUUACACAAGCAUUUCACCCAAAAUGUCGAGGCCAGAGCACAUCGCACCGCCCGAGCUCUUCUACGGGAUCGAUGAGGCAAAGAAGUACACCAACAACUCACGCAUUGCGACUAUCCAGGCCGAAAUGACCCUGCGCGCAGUCGAGCUCCUGGCGUUGCCCGACACUGACGACGUCCCCUGCUACUUGUUGGACAUUGGCUGCGGAUCAGGGCUCAGCGGCGAGAUCCUGGAAGAGGACGGACACGUGUGGGUGGGCAUGGACAUUGCACCGGCCAUGCUCGACAUCGCCGUCGACAAGGAACUCGAGGGCGAUCUGUUCCUGCAGGACAUCGGCCAGGGCCUCGGCUUCCGGCCCGGCGCAUUUGACGGGGCAAUCAGCGUGUCCGUGCUGCAGUGGCUGUGCAAUGCCGACAAGAGCGAGAACAAACCGCGCUACCGGCUGCAGCGGUUCUUUUCGACCUUGUUCAUGGCCCUGCAGCGCGGCGCACGCGCCGUGUUCCAGUUUUACCCCGAGAACGACAAGCAGGUGGACAUGAUUAUGAGCACAGCGAUGAAGUGCGGGUUCACAGGCGGUCUGGUGGUGGACUAUCCGAAUUCGAAGAAGGCACGCAAAUUCUACCUGUGCCUGUUUGCAGGGCAGGCAGCACCGGGCCAGAAACACGAGCUGCCCCAGGGCCUUGAUAAUGAAGCUCCCGGCGUCGCGUACACGGAAACCAGGAUCCACAACAAGGCGCGGGGAAAGAGCAGCCGCCGGCCGGUCAAGGAUGCCAACUGGGUGCUGCACAAGAAGGAACUGGCGCGCAAGCGGGGCAAGGAGGAUGUGCCGCUGGACUCGAAAUACACUGCUCGCAAGCGCAAGCCGCGGUUCUAAAGAUAAAGUGCGCUAUUUUUGAAUAAAGCAACAAAUGGGUGUCUA